UGAAACAGUGGGUGUAUUUAGUGAAGCUUCAACCGCGUUUUCUACUUUCCUUUCCCUGCUGUUCUGGCUUCCACAUUUAUGUACAGAAAGUUCCUGUGGGGCUUUUGAACUUCUUUCUGCUGUUUUUUCUCCCAAUAUUCUUUGCACUGGAUUAUUGGUUUAGUGUUUUCUUUUUUCCCUUUUUCUGCAACUUGGAUCAGAACACGUAGCAUUUAAGCGCUGCUGAGAACAAACAGUGCGAGACUGGCUAUUUAGAUUGAAGCUUUUUAACAAUCAAAUGAUCCUUGAAAGAUGUCUUGGAAGCAUGCUUCUGGUUCUAAGCAUGCUCUCCAAUGUGCUAGGUGCAUUUGUUGGGGUAAACAUAGGUACUGAUGUUUCCAGCAUGCCGCCAGCUUCAGAUGUGGUUGCUAUUGUCAAAGCCCAUCAAAUUACUCAUAUACGACUUUAUGAUGCUGACCCUCACAUGCUGAAAGCCCUUGCUGGAAGUGGGAUUGAAGUAACAGUUGGAGUGACAAAUGAGGAAGUCCUAGGAAUUGGAGAAUCCGCCUCAGCAGCUGCAGCAUGGAUCAACAAAAAUGUUGCCGCUUACAUGCCUUCCACCAACAUUACAGCCAUUGCUGUUGGCAGUGAGGUUCUUACCUCAGUCCCUCAUGCUGCCCCAGUUUUAGUUACAGCUAUGAAUAACCUGCACAAGGCUCUUGUAGCUGCUGAUCUCAAUUUUCAGGUUAAAGUUUCAACCCCGCAAUCCAUGGACAUCAUCCCCAAGCCUUUUCCCCCAUCUACUGCUACCUUUAAUUCCUCUUGGAACUCUACAAUAUACCAGCUUCUUCAGUUUUUGAAGAACACGAACUCCUAUUACAUGUUAAAUGCCUAUCCGUAUUAUGGUUACACUAAUGGAAAUGGCAUUUUUCCAAUUGAUUAUGCUCUUUUCAAACCUCUUCCCUCUGUCAAACAAAUCGUUGAUCCAAACACUUUGUUCCACUAUAACAGCAUGUUUGAUGCAAUGGUUGAUGCAACCUAUUAUUCUAUGGAUGCUCUCAAUUUUUCUGUGAUCCCUAUCAUUGUCACAGAAACUGGAUGGCCUUGGCAAGGUGGAUCCAAUGAACCUGAUGCUACUGUGGAAAAUGCUGAGACCUUCAUUAAUAAAUUGAUCCAGCGAGUUUCCAAUAAUUCAGGUCCACCUAGUCAACCAACUAUUCCCAUCAACACAUACAUUUAUGAAUUGUUUAAUGAAGACAAGAGACCGGGCCCUAUCUCUGAGAAAAACUGGGGGUUACUUUUCACAAACGGCACUGCCGUUUUCCCUCUGAGUUUAGGUGGUCCUAGUCAGAUCACUGGAAAUUCUACUGCAGUUUUCUGUGUGGCAAAAGAUGAUGCUAGUGAAGAUAAGUUGCGAGAUGGGAUUAACUGGGCAUGUGGGCAAGGCCAGGCCAAUUGCAGUGCUAUACAAUCAGGGCAGCCGUGCUAUCUCCCGAAUAACAUCAAGAACCACGCAUCUUAUGCUUACAAUGAUUAUUAUCAAAAAAUGCAUACUGUUGGUGGGACAUGUGAUUUUGAUGGUACAGCCACAACUACUACAAUCGACCCAAGUUAUGGAUCCUGCAUAUUUACUGGAAGUUCUAAUUCGAGCACGGGUAGAGAGUCUUUGCCUCCUACAGCACUUGGUCCAAUAAGUCCCGGAGGGAGUACAAAGCUUCCGCUGUCCAAGAUUCAAUUUCUAAUCUCAGCAACUUGUCUUCUUGUAGUCUUGCUAUGACACUCGAUUUACGCCUCAGUGGUGGACUCAAACUGCGAUGAAUCAUUCCAUUUGAUAGGCAAGAUUAAGUGUGAUAGAGAAUGUAAUGAAAUCCACUUAAGUUCAAUAAUGACCGAUGGUUAUUUCUUUCAGGGCGGUGUUCGCAUGUUCAUCCUUACCGCUUUUGAUUCCAUUUUUAAGCUAGUUCAUCGGUUUUACUUAUCAGUUGCCUUGUGGUAUUUUAUUACAUUUGCGUUGCAUUGCAUUGUAAUGACCUUGAAGUGGUAGUAGCCAUUGUAGCAUUGAAUUUUUGGGACAGGAAAUGAGAAAACUUGGAUUUGUUAGUGGGUAAACUACUAAUUUAGUUACUUAUAUUUUAUUUAAGUUGCAUUAUGGUCA